AUGUUUGUUUUAAAUAAUCGAUUUGUGACAGCGUCUCACAGCACGAAAGAUACACAGAAAAACAAUAGCGAAUUUGUUGAGGAUGGCACAAAUAAGUUAAUUGUUAAAUGUAAAUAUUGUGGUUCCAAAAUUUUAGACCGAAAAGCUGGAAAAUUCGUUACAGACGAGAUUAAUUUACCUCUAAUGCUACAAGAAAAAUCACCAGACAGCCAAGUGCAAUAUGAAAAAAUAAACCAGUUUUACUUUGUAGACAAUAUGUAUACAUUUGAAAACAUUGGUUUUACACAUACAAUAGAUAAUUGCAAGUACUUAAGCUGCGCUGAUUGCGAUGCUGGCCCCAUUGGGUCUUUAGAACUACUAUUACAGAAAUUAGAAGCACCAGCUCCUUUUCCAGACGUUGUCGAUGUAGAAAAUUUACCACCUCGCACUCCAUUAAGGCAAAUGGCUCCCGAGACGCCUCAGUCAUCGGCACCGAGGCAAGAACAAACAAAUGAUCAUACCAAAAAGAUCCUCCAACAUGUUUUACAGAAUGAGGAAUACCAGUUAGCAAAGAGCUGUCUAAUAAGAACAACGUUGUCGCGCAUGCCACCAGGACCAAGAGACUGCUAUGAGGAUGUGUCACAAAUGCAGCAAGUGGUACCACGAGGAGUGCGUGGCUGGCUUGUGUUUGGAAACAACGGAACAGAUAAUAUUAAGAACAUGAGGAGCUGCAUACUCUUCGCGCUUUUUGCGCUUUUCGCGCUCGUCUGCGUCGGGGCAUCGGAAACACACUCUCGCUUCCCUGAAAUUCAAGGAGAUACCGACGAAAUGAUCAGCCAACUUUUACAUUGGAUACAGGGCUUAACUCAGCAGCGCAGCAGAAAAGCACGCCAAUACUUUGGCGGCAAACCUGAGAGACCACGGCCUUUUGAACCUGCGUCAUAUUUGCCACCAGUUACUGGAUAUCCCGCUGCGGGAUCACGACCAACACCCACGUACAGUGAAGGCCCUUCUCCUACGUACUCUCCGUUCCAACCAAGUACGCCAUUUCAACCAUCUCCGGAUCAACCAGCGCAGCCUCCAUAUCCUACAAGCUUCCAACCUGAUUCACCAACAAUCCCAGCUUAUCAACCGUCUCCAACUCCGGAAGAGCCCUCGGAACAGCCUUUCAAACCAAGCCCUACAUACUUUCCGAAUCAACCUAGUCAGCCAGCAAACACAAACCAGCCAGAAACAGACGAACCUAACUUUUUUACUCCUAGUCAAACAUCUCCAUCUCAGCCAAAUCAACCUGAGAGACCAGAUGAAACACCAAUACCAAAUGAACCGCAACAGACAGUUGAACCCGAAAAUCCACAAGGAAAUGGUCCACAAAUAACACCAGUUACUCCCGACGAUGACGAUGACCGUCACCCUCCCCAUAUUCACGCCAUCUCCGUUGACUGUGGCAAAGAAAUGAUGACCAUUAACAUUGAAUUCAAUAAGCCAUAUAACGGUAUCAUCUAUUCUCAGGAUCAUUUCAAGGAAAAUGAUUGUGUUUACGUGAGAGCAAACUCCAAUCGAGCAAAAUAUUCCUUCACGGUCAGCUUAAAUACUUGCGGUACGAGAUUCUUCAGCGACUUCGAGAACGAAGGUCAGGCGUACCUAGAGAAUGUUUUGGUCUUACAAAAUGAGCCUGGUAUUCAAGAAGUUUGGGAUCAUAUUCGAAGAGUUAGAUGUUUAUGGGAGGGUAACCUAACAAAACAAUUGGUAUCAUCGUUGAGUGUAGGUAUGUUGAACCAGAUCACCAGUAAUUUCAGCGGUGACACGGCUAUGGCUCGUUUAGAUAUUCAAACUGGAAAGGGCCCAUUCGCACCAGAAGCAAAUGGAUUAAUCAAAAUUGGAGAAAUCAUGACUCUAGUCGUAUCUGUUACUGGUGACGCUGGAUUUGAUAUCCUUGUACGAGAAUGCAUAGCACGCGACGCUGAUAAUAAUAAUGUUGUUCCAUUAACUGACUCUAACGGAUGUGUCCUAAAACCGAAACUGUUUGGAGCCUUCCAGAAAACUAGAGACACUGGAAAUACAGGUGCAUCUAUCAUUGCAUACGCUUACUUCAAUGCGUUCAAAUUCCCUGAUGAAAUGGACCUUAUAAUCCAAUGUGAAGUCGAGCUAUGUAAGACCGACUGCGACGUGUGCCCGAAUCCAGGAAGCACAGACCCAAGAAGGAAACGACGAGACGUCAUCCACGUGGGUAACAGAACGAUGGAACCAGUAACAACCAUCGGUAAAGGCUUGAGGGUAGUCUUCGCUGAAGAUCUGCCUAUUGAACCCGACUUUUGUAUGUCCCCCUCUACGGCGAUGUGGGGUUCAGUUUUAGUAUUAUCUGCUUCUUUGCUAAGCAGUGUUAUUGUAUCGUAUUGUUGGCAGAAGUCCAGGGGCAUAGUUAAAUUCUCAUAA